UGAAAAGAAAAAGAUAAAUUAAUAUUAAUUCUUAAAGGUUUUACAACACAAAUGUAGAGUGAAAACAAUACAAAUUUAAUGGAAAUAUUAAUUUAUAUAAUAAACUUACGCUAAAAAUAAAAAGAAGUAGAAGCCGGAUUUCAUAUUCAGUGACAGUGACUUUUAUAGGUUAGUUUAGAUUUUAGAUUGCCAACAAUCAACAAAUUUUUAUACUGUUUUUAUAAUAGCAAAUAGUUCUUCUACAACCUAUCUACUAAGUAAUCAAGAUGGAGCAAUUUUUUACGUUACCGUUUACAAUUUUGGAAAUACCUCAGAUGAGAAUUAAAAAACCUUCCUGGGUGAAACAGCCCUCUGCCAUGACUGUGUUCUCUAUAGUAUUAGUUUCAUAUUUUCUUGUCACAGGAGGAAUCAUUUAUGAUGUGAUAGUUGAGCCUCCGAGUGUUGGAUCAACAACUGACGAACAUGGACAUUCUAGGCCUGUUGCUUUUAUGCCAUAUAGGGUUAAUGGCCAAUACAUAAUGGAAGGCCUGGCUUCAAGUUUUCUUUUCUCGUUGGGAGGAUUAGGAUUUAUUGUACUGGACCACAUACACACUACAAGUACUCCGAAACUAAACAGACUAUUAUUAACUACUGUUGGCUUCAUUUGUGUCUUGGUUUCAUUUUUCACUACUUGGAUAUUCAUGAGGAUGAAAUUACCUGGGUAUCUUCAGUCAUAAAUAUGCUUUAAUGCAAUGUAUUAUUAUUCUCAUUUUUGUACCUUACAAUAAAAGAAAGAUCUGAAA